GCUGUCUCUGUGCCCCCUCCUGUAGGUGUAAGUCUGCACAGCCAGUCUCAGUACUGGCCCACCCCGUCAGUGCUGACCGCACGCCUGCGCCGGCUGGUCACAGCGUACCAGCGCACGUACAAACAAGAGCAGCAGAAGACCGAGGCGGUGGAGAAGGGGGAUCGGAGACGGCGACGAUGUGAGGCGGCCUUCAAGCUGAAAGAAAUCGCAAGGCGAGAAAAGCAACAAAAGUGGACAAGCCGGGAGGAGGCUGACUUUUAUCGGGUGGUGUCGACGUUCGGCGUGGAGUUUGAUCCUCAGCGGCGGCAGUAUCGGUGGGAACGGUUCCGUGCCAUCGCCAAGCUGGACAGGAAGACCGACGAAACUCUCACCAACUACCUACAGAUGUUCAUGGCCAUGUGUCGCAGGGUGUGUGGGCUGCCGCUGGAGGAGGGGGAAGAGUACCCAGACAUGAGCCGGCAGGUGAAGCAGCUGACGGAGGAGCGUGCCAGGCGAUCCCUGUACCGGCUGGAGCUGCUGCGGAAGGUGCGGGAACAGGUCCUGUACCACCCACAGCUGGAGGAACACCUGAGGCUGUGCCAGGACUGGCCUGAGCUCCCCGAGUGGUGGGAGAGCGGCCGCCACGACCUGGAGCUGCUGACCGGGAUUGCCCGCCACGGCCUGUGUCGCCCUGACUGCCACCCGAUGGACGACCCCGAGCUCUCCUUCCGCGCCUGCCGCCGGAACCACCGCCAGCGAGGGGCCGGCUCCCGCAGUUCCACCCCUCUCCUCCCGGCCCCGGGGCGGGCUCCCACCGAGGGGGAGGGGGAGGGGACCCGUCGCAGCCCCCUGCCCGAGCGGACCGGCUCCCUCCAUGAUCGCCCAGCCCAGAAGGGCACAGCUUCGCGGGCGCCGCCAGACGACUGGGCCAAGGAAUCUGACUGGGAUUCGGAGAAGUCCUCAUCGGUGGGCAGCUCGCCGGGCAGCCUUUCGGAGGACAGCGAUGACGAAGAGAAGGACAACAAGCCAGCUUCUGACGGUCCAUCCCGCUCGAAGACCUACGACGAGGAGAGUAUGAUCUCUGUGAACACUUCCCGGGAUGAGACCCAGGAUGGGUUUGUGAACGAGGACUUGGAGCCCACCCUGGGGGACUUCCUACAAGACAGGCUGCGGUUUCCAGCUCCCGACUGGCCCAAGGACCAGUUACUGAUUAAUCGGCUCGAGGCUGUGUGUCAGACGGUGCUGACCGGUUGCUGGCCAAUUCUGGGCGUGCACAGUGUGAGUCCGCCAGGGGUCCAGGGGAGGAGGCCCCCAUGCACGCCAUCGCUGAUUCCCAGUCCUGGCGACUCUCCGAUCCCCAAUCCUGGGAGCCUGACGGUCAGUGAAGAGACCUCCUCAGGCCAGUUCACCAAGGUGAAGAAACAUAUUCACGAGAAGGAGUUCACAGUCAAAAUUAACAAUGAGGACGGUCUCAAGCUGACUUUUCACAAGCAGCGACGAAAACGAAGGGAAAAGUUGGAGAUGGAAGCUGAGCGAGCCAGACUCCGGCAGUACAUGACCAGCCUGCAGGAUCUGCAGUCAGCAUCCGAUAGUGGGCAGGAGAUGGGCACGGACCCUUUACCACCCACACCCCUCACUCCCGUCUGCCCUCCUGGACCACGGCUCCCCUGCGAAAGGGAGCACAGGGCAGGACAGGCCUAUUCUGGAGCCAGAGCCUGACUGUGCGUUGCCAGCUGGAUGUUGUGCUCAGUGCUGGUGCCAAUCCCCUGUGGGAGACAUUCGGUCAAUGGGCACUUGGCUGAUGGGGGGCAGUCCCUGGCCAAGAAGAAACGAGGGAGAAGAAGAAUGUGGGAGGCAGUUGAGCUGUUUCUGCCUGCUCAGAGCAAAGGCUUGUACACCGCCAGCGCAGAAGGGGAGAAAAGCACAGAGGAGAUACCGCGGCCAGAGGUGCACAUGGAGACCCGUAUCCCAGUGGUCAGCAAGCUGGACGGGACGGUGCUGGCCGGGGAUGAAGCGCCGCGGAGGAGAGAGCUUGAUGCCUGGCUGAAGGAGCACCCUGACUUCAGAGUGGAUCCCAGCUGCUUAGCGUUUAUUGAGAAGCGGCCAAAACAGAAGAGGCAUCGCUGCAGAAAUCCCCACAAACUGGAUGUGAACACACUGACCGGGGAUGAGAGAGUACCUGUCAUUAACAGGAGGAACGGCAAAAAGCUUGGAGGCGGAUUUGCUCCACCAAUUAAAAAUCUCCAGAAGUGGUUGCAGGAAAACGGGGAGUACGGGGUCGCACAGGAGUGGGCAGAUGUUAUCAAGCAGUCGGGUUACCUCCCUGAGACCAUGUAUGAUCGGAUCUUGACCGGCCCGGUGGUCCCGGAGGAAGGCAGGAAGAGGGGGCCGGAGACCCAAGCACCUGGCAGCUGCCAUGCAGUGAAUUCACUGCUGGCCACUGGCAUGUUGGACGUGGGCAGCCUUCAGUCAUUCCAGAAGAACCUGCAGCUGACUGGCCUGGUCUCCUCCUACCCCCCCAGCCUGGAGGGCAAGGAGCCUGCCUCCUGCCUGCCUGGGGAAGGGGGCCGAGCUGAGGCUGCUGGGGGGCGAUGUGCUGCGACCGCUGCCUGCUCUGACCGGGUGGAUGUUGUCCCCUCGAACUGCCAACAGACUGCGCCUCCCCAGCCCGCAGCCAGCACCGGCCUGAGCCUUAACUCCCUGGUGCUGUCCAACGUGUACGGCGGCAUGUUUCUGCCCCCGGCUUUCGGCGUGGGCCUGCCACAGCUUCCCCUGCCGGGUCUGGCCCACCCGGGCAAGAGCCAGGAGGCCCGCGCCGUGCCUUACGGCCUGGCCGAGCGAGAGGUCGAUGAUAGCCUGUCUCAGGGUUACGACAGCACCGACGACAGAGGCGACUAUUCACACUCCCUCAUCGAUGACCCCAUGAUGCCCACCAACUCGGACCUGAGCGGGGAAGACUGACCUCCCUCCCCACCCCCCACCUGCCGAGCUUCUGGGGCAAGUCCUGGAGACCUCCCGGACCCUGCUUCAUUUCGGGAGAGGGGAGGGGGUUUGGGGGACGGAUGUGUGCCUGGGGUCGGUGAGCGAGGUGGGUGGGUGUGGGGUUUGCUCCCCUCUCAGCUGUCUACCCUCAGCUUCCCUGCCCCUUGCCUUAGCCACUUCAACACCCCCUUGUGCCCUUAACACACACCCACCCCUCUGAUAGAGGCACGCACACACAAACAAACACUCACGUAGACACACAGGAGGAGAGAGAGAGAGGAGAAUGAAUGGAAGCCUCACUGAUGUUGCCAAGGGGCAGAUCUGCACAGGAAGGGAGGGGGGAGAAGGGGAGGCAGUGUCUGCAAGAUCACGGCUGUUCUGGGAUUCAGUCUGAGCUCAGCUACCUUGACAGUGUCCAACUCUCUGAGACAGGAUCCCGUUCCCCUCCACCUCCUCAUUGCCCCGGACUGAGGGUCCGUUGUGCUCUCCGGGAACAGCGAAUGCUCUCACCUGCUCUGUCAGCCAGCUCAGGGAUAUCCCCUGGUGUGGGGGGGAGGGGUGGUGCUUACCAACACUGACAUCUCUUUCCACCUCCCCCCCCAACUGCAGCAGUGCCAUUCUCAGCCCGUCUGUGGGGUGGGGGGUAUUGGGGUGGGAGAGCUGGUGCUUCUCUGCAGGAUUACCUCGGACCACACUCGGAUUCACUACUGUCCUACUUUUCACUAUGCACUUACUGAUGUCGCUCGCGCUGUCUCUCUCUCUCGCGCUGUCUCUCUCGCUGUCUCUCUCUCUCUCUCUCUCGCUGUCUCUCUCUCUCGCGCUCUCUCACUCUCUCUCUCGCGCUCUCUCUCUCUCGCGCUCUCUCUCU